UAGUGAAUAUGAAAGCCCUUUGUCAGAGAGGACAAAAUAUUUAUUUCACUAUUUUUGAUCCUGAAAACAGGGUUCCAGUCCUUAUUCUUCUCCUAAUUGAGUAGCUUGAGGUAAAUCUCUUUAUAUCUGGGGUAGCCAUUUCCUCUAUAAAGACAUCGAAGUUUAUGAACAGUAAUUAUAUAUGUAUUUAUACUAUGGAUACGAUUUAUUUGUAUAUGUAACAAUCGGUAAAGUAAGUUUGUACUUCUGGAAAAUCUCCAACUCCCUACCUACUAUUUUGUUUCUAAAUGAGAUGCAGAUUAUUGGGACAGCUACCCAUUGUCCCCACAGGAAUGUAGAGCGGGGAAGCAAUCGGUUUCCCGAAGACAAAGGAGACCCGAAGGUGGAAAUGGAACGCGUAUCGGCUCCGAUUUUUUCAGAAAGCAAUCAGAAAUUCAUACGAUGAAUUAAAAGGUGACUGGGAACACUAUGGUUGAUUUAAAGAAAGCACUUUAUCAGAAGAAAGAUGGCCACAGCACAGUUGCAGAGGACUUCCAUGAGUACGUUGGUAUUUCCCAGUAAGAUAUCAACCGAGCAGCAGUCUUUGGUGUUAGUGAAGAGGCUCCUGGCAGUUUCAGUAUCCUGCAUCACAUAUUUGAGAGGAAUAUUUCCAGAGUGUGCUUAUGGAACAAGAUAUUUAGAUGAUCUUUGUGUCAAAAUUCUGAGAGAAGAUAAAAAUUGUCCAGGAUCUACACAGUUAGUGAAAUGGAUGCUGGGAUGCUAUGAUGCUUUACAAAAAAAAUAUCUAAGGAUGGUUGUUCUAGCUGUAUACACCAAUCCAGAAGACCCUCAAACAAUUUCAGAAUGUUACCAGUUUAAAUUCAAGUACACCAAAAAUGGACCUGUUAUGGACUUUAUAAGUAAAAAUCAAAGCAGUGAAUCUAGCAUGUCAUCUGCUGACACCAAGAAAGCAAGUAUUCUCCUCAUUCGAAAGAUUUAUGUACUAAUGCAAAAUCUGGGACCUUUACCAAAUGAUGUUUGCUUGACCAUGAAACUUUUUUACUAUGAUGAAGUUACACCCCCAGAUUACCAGCCUCCUGGUUUUAAGGAUGGUGAUUGUGAAGGAGUCACAUUUGAAGGGGAGCCUAUGUACUUAAAUGUGGGAGAAGUUCCAACACCUUUUCAUACCUUCAGAGUAAAAGUGACCACUGAGAAAGAACGAAUGGAAAAUGUUGAUUCAUCUAUACUAUUACCAAAACGAUUAAAAACACCACUUCAGAAAAUCCUGGUGGACAAAGAUGACUCAGAAGAUGAACAGGAGCUUUAUAUAAGUGAUGAUUUUGACUUUGAAACUAAAAUGGAAGAACAGAAAAAAUACCCUGGAGCUUCUAAAACUGGAGAACCAAAUGUAAUUAUGGAGGAAGAUGAAAUUAUGAGGUGUAAAGAAAGUCCAAAUCUUUCAAUUUCUCAUUUUCAGGUUGAACAGUUAGUUAAUAAAACAUCUGAACUUGAUGUAUCUGAAAGCAAAACACGAAGUGGAAAAAUCUUUCAGAAUAAAAUGGCACAUGGAAACCAACCAAUUAAAUCUUCUAAAGAAACUCGGAAGAGAACUCAACCUGCAUCUGGGAAAACAGUCUUCCAUCACUUUGAUUUUUCUAGUCAAGAGUCUGUGCCCAAAAGGAGAAAGUUCAGUGAACCAAAGGAACAUAUGUAAAAUUACUUUUUCUUCUGCACAUUUGGAAAGUUCUCAUUAUUUAAAGUAAAAAAGUGCUCUAUUACUAUUAUAAGGUGUGUUCUUCUCUAGCUCUGAAAAUUUGUAUGCAGCCUUAAGCAGUUCAUAUACUAAAAUGAAGUUUUUGGCCAUUACAUUGUGGUCCUUAAUUUUACCUAAGAUAAAUCUAAGAAUUUUGAACAAACCCAAAAGCACAAAUGUAGCACAAAUGCUGUUCUUUAUCUACUCUAUGUCCAUCUAUCUUCCAUGUUAGUGGAUGCUUUCUUUAAAUCUGUAUUAACUUAAAAUUCUAUAAUGCAAACCACUUUUUGAAGUAAUGUUUAUUUUGGUAUUAAAACUUUGUAGGAUUCACUUUUUUCCUUUUGUUAAAACUAUACCAUAUAACUAGCUGUUUUUGUCAUUGUGUUAUUAUUAAGACAAUUUUCUUCUAUAUAUUGAUAUAUUGUAUUGACAUAUAUAAUGUACAACUUAAAAAUUGGUACUUGGCUUUUUUAAACUUUUUUUACUACAGGACAAAAAGAUGACUGGUUUUUUAAAGACAAAAUAAAAUUGCUCAGUUUGGAGAUUG